AUGCCCUCCUGGGCCCUCUUCAUGGUCACCUCCUGCCUCCUCCUGGCCCCCCAAAACCUGGCACAAGUCACCAGCCAAGAUGUCUCCUUGCUGGCCUUGGACUCAGAGCCCCUGACCUGUUUCUCCCGAACAUUUGAGGACCUCACUUGCUUCUGGGAUGAGGAAGAGGCAGCGCCCAGUGGGACAUACCAGCUGCUGUAUGCCUACCCAGGGGAGACGCCUCGGGCCUGCCCCCUGAGUUCCCAGAGUGUACCCUUUGGAACCCGAUAUGUGUGCCAGUUUCCCGCCCAGGAUGAAGUACGCCUCUUCUUUCCGCUGUACCUCUGGGUGAAGAAUGUAUUCCUGAACCAGACUACGACUAAGCGAGUGCUCUUUGUGGAUAGCGUGGGCCUGCCAGGUCCCCCUAGGAUCAUCGAGGCCAAGGGUGGGAGCCAGCCAGGAGAGCUUCAGAUCAGCUGGGAGUCCCCAGCUCCCGAAAUCAGUGAUUUCCUGAGGCACGAACUCCGCUAUGGCCCCAAGGAUUCUGAGAACUCCACUGGCCCCACAGUCAUGCAGCUGAUCACCACAGAAACCUGCUGCCCCACUCUGUGGAGGCCAAACUCAGGCCCCGCUCUGGACCAGCCUUCAUGUGCUCAGCCCACGAUGCCCCGACAGGAUGGAUCCAAGCAGACUUCCCCAACUAGAGAAGCUCCAUCUCUGACAGUGAUGCGGGGAAGCUGCCUCAUCUCAGGCCUCCAGCCUGGCCACUCCUACUGGCUCCAGCUGCGCAGCCAACCUGAUGGGGUUUCCCUUGGUGGCUCCUGGGGAUCCUGGUCCUUCCCUGUGACCGUGGACCUGCCUGCAGAUGCAAUGGCAAUUGGACUGCAAUGCUUUACCUUGGACCUAAAGAAUGUCACCUGUCAGUGGCAGCAACAGGACAAUGCUAGCUCCCAAGGCUUCUUCUAUCACAGCAGGGAACGGUGCUGCCCCAGAGACAGGUACCCCAUCUGGGAGAAGUGUGAAGAGGAGGAGAAAACACAUCCAGGAUCACAAACCCCCCAGUUCUCCCGUUGCCACUUCCAGUCACGAAAUGACAGUGUUAUUCACAUUCUUGUGGAGAUGACCACAGCCCAGGGUGCUGUUCACAGCUACCUGGGCUCCCCUUUCUGGAUCCACCGCACUGUGCUCAUUCCCACCCCAAGCUUACACUGGAGGGAGGUCUCCAGUGGGCAGCUGGAAUUGGAGUGGCAGCACCCAUCAUCCUGGGCAGCCCAAGAGAUCUGCUAUCAGCUCCGAUACAUGGGAGAAGGCCAUCAGGACUGGAAGGUGCUGGAGCCUCCUCUCGGGGCCCGCAGAGGGACCCUGGAGCUGCGCCCCCGAUCUCGCUACCGUUUACAGCUGCGCGCCAGGCUCAACGGCCCCACCUACCACGGCCCCUGGAGCGCCUGGUCCGACCAAGCGAAGGUGGAGACCACCUCCGAAACCGCCUGGAUCUCUUUGGUGACCGCUCUGCUCCUGGUGCUGGGCCUCAGCGCCCUUCUGGGCCUGCUGCUGCUGAGAUGGCAGUUCCCUGCGCACUACAGGACACUGAGGCAUGCCCUGUGGCCCUCACUUCCAGACCUACACCGGGUCCUAGGCCAGUACCUUAGGGAUACUGCGGCCCUGAGUCCGCCUAAGGCCACAGUCUCAGAUACCUAUGAAGAAGUGGAACCCAGCCUCCUUGAAAUCCUACCUAAGUCUUCAGAGAGGAACCCCUUGCCCCUGUAUUCCUCCCAGGCCCAGAUGGACUACCGAGGAUUGCAGCCUUCUUGCCUGGGGACCAUGCCCCUAUCUGUGUGCCCACCCAUGGCCGAGUCAGCGUCCUGCUGUACCACCCACAUCGCCAACCAUUCCUACCUACCACUAAGUUGUUGGCAGCAGCCCUGA